AUGUCUAAAAGUAUUGAGAUCUUGAAAUUCGCCGACGAAGACGGCAACUACAAAAGAAAGCCGUCCGUGUUUCGUGAUUGGAUCAGUGCCAAACCUGGAUCCAGAUUCCCGCCUGAAGCUGGUAGAUACCAUUUGUAUGUAUCCUUUGCUUGUCCAUGGGCUCACCGUACUUUGAUUACCAGAAGAUUGAAGGGUUUGGUUUCCAUAAUUGGAUUGUCUGUUGUGCACUGGCACAUGGAUGACAAAGGGUGGAGAUUUCCCACAAAAGAGGAGUUGGAGUCAUUGCCACAAAAAGACGACAUAUCCUUGGGAACUCCUGACAAUUUGUAUGGAUUCGAUCGGUUAAGAGAGUUGUACUUCAAGGCCGACCCAAACUACAAUGGUAGAUUUACCGUCCCGGUUUUGUGGGACAAGAAGGAGCAGACAAUUGUCAACAAUGAGUCUGCAGAGAUUAUUAGAAUGCUCAACUUUGACUUCAACUCUAUCUUGCCUACGGAGUAUGCUGACUUGAACUUGGUGCCCAAGGAGUUGGAGUCUCAAAUUGAUGAAAUCAAUGGUUGGAUCUACGACAAUAUCAACAAUGGAGUUUACAAAACCGGUUUUGCUUCCAAACAAGAGGUGUAUGAAAAGGAGUGCCGUAACGUUUUUACCCAUUUGGAUAAGGUGGAAGAAUUGUUGAAGAAGAAUAAAGAACAAGACCGUAAGAAUGAGUUUUUGUUGGGAAGCAGAUUAACUGAAGCUGAUAUUAGGUUGUUUACUACAAUCAUUCGUUUUGACCCGGUGUAUGUCCAACAUUUCAAGUGCAACAUUGGAAUGAUCCGAACCCACUACCCAAACAUUCACAAUUGGGUUAGAUUGUUGUAUUGGAAGAUCCCGGGGUUCCAAGAAACCACCAAUUUUGAACACAUCAAGUACCAUUACACCAAAUCUCAUAUCAAAAUCAAUCCCUAUGGUAUUACACCCUUAGGACCAGUGCCAAACAUUUUACCAAUCGAUCAAUAA